CCACUUCUUCUUCUUCUUUCUUCUCUCAGAGAGAUUGGGAACGAAACUGGGACUCAAGCUUUGAAGCAUGAGGAGAUCGAUUUCUUCGAAAGCCAAGUCCUUUCUUCAUCGGAAUCUUCUCGAUAAAGGUAAUCCCAGAACCUCUCCGUCGUCUUCUCCGUUUAGCAUUUGCGGUUUCUGUUUCUCCAAACGAGCUCAUUAUUCCGGUGGCAGUGAUUACCGAGAAAUGUUGAGAAACGGGAUUCAGUUUAUGAAACUAGACGAAUCGCUUGAUCUCUUCUUUCACAUGGUUCAGUGUCGUCCUCUUCCUUCAAUUGCUGAUUUCAGUAGGUUAUUAAGUGCCAUCUCCAAGAUGAAGAAGUACGAUGUUGUGAUCUAUCUUUGGGAACAGAUGCAAAUGUUAGGGAUCCCUCAUAAUCUCUAUACUUGCAAUAUCUUGUUGAAUUGUUUCUGUAGAUGCUCUCAGUUCUCUCUUGCGUUGUCGUUUCUUGGGAAGAUGAUGAAACUUGGUCAUGAGCCUAGCAUUGUCACUUUUGGUUCUUUGCUUUGUGGAUUCUGUCGUGGUGGUAGGGUUUAUGAUGCUUUGUAUAUGUUUGAGAGAAUGGUGGAAAUGGGAUAUAAGCCUAAUGUUGUGAUCUACAAUACAGUUAUUGAUGGUUUAUGCAAAAGCAAACAGGUGGAUAAUGCGUUGGAUCUGUUGAACCGAAUGGAGAAAGAUGGGGUUAGACCUGAUGCUGUUACCUACAACUCUCUUGUAUCUGGACUUUGUAAUUCAGGUAGAUGGAGUGAUGCUACUCGAAUGGUUAGCUAUAUGACCAAGAGAGAGAUCUACCCUGAUGUAUUUACUUUCAAUGCAUUGAUUGAUGCGUGUGUGAAAGAAGGAAAUAUUCUAGAGGCUGAAGAAUUGUACGAGGAGAUGAUACGGAGAUCUCUGGUUCCUGAUAUUGUUACUUACAGUUUACUGAUUUACGGGCUUUGUAUGUACAGUCGCCUAGAUGAUGCAGAGCAAAUGUUUUGUUUCAUGGUUACCAAAGGUUGUUUCCCGGAUGUUGUAACUUAUAGUAUUCUCAUUAAUGGAUAUUGCAAGUCUAAGAAAGUAGAGCAUGGGAUGAGACUCUUCUGCGAGAUGUCUCAGAGAGGAGUGGUUAAGAAUACAGUUACUUAUACAAUUCUUAUCCAGGGUUAUUGUCGAGCUGGAAAACUUAAUGUUGCUGAAGAAAUCUUCAGACGGAUGGUUUUUUCUGGUGUGACUCCUAAUAUUGUUACUUACAAUGUUUUGUUACAUGGUCUAUGUGAUAUUGGGAAGAUAGAGAAAGCAUUGGUGAUAUUGGCGGAUAUGCAAAAGAGUGGAAUGGAUGCUGAUAUCGUUACAUAUAAUAUCAUCAUUGGCGGGAUGUGUAAGGCUGGUGAGGUGGCAGAUGCUUGGGAUUUAUAUUGUAGCCUCAAUCACAAAGGACUUAUGCCAGAUAUUUGGACAUACACCACGUUGAUGUUAGGAUUGUACAAGAAAGGUCUACGGCGUGAAGCAGAUGGGCUGUUUAGAAAAAUGAUAGAAGAUGGGAUUUUGCCAAAUGAAUGUUUUGAGUAGUGAAGCUAGUUAGGAUUAAGUGCAUCAGCUUAAGUAUCUCAAGGGGAGCUUGCAAGAUAUUAAUAUCCGGGUCAGGUUCCUUCCUUCCUUGAGAUGUUUGGCUCUGGAAAGAUCAACUCAGAUAUUUCGAAGACAAUUUUGGGACACUAUGGAAUGAGCUGAUUUCAGAUGUUCAUAUGUAUUAGGAGAAACCAUAGACACUGUGAAUUUAGAGCGUAAGCUGCAUAGUGGAUUUAUUGACAGACAUUACAGUAUUGAAGCUCGCACAUAUGUGUAUUCGAUUUCUCUCCGAGAGGAUGUUUACCCUUGAAAUGAAAAAGUCAGGUCUUUCAAAACCAAGUUAACCAAGUUGGGAUUCUAUGAGGAACGCCAGAUCUUGAUUUGAAGCCAUGUUCUCAAGUCACUGACUUAUCUCAGUCUAAAGUUGUACAUUCUUUCAUAUGGCCUGUAUCCUAAUGUUUUUGAUGUAUUCUUUAACAAAGUUUCUGUAACAAAUUUUUUGUAUGUAUACCUCUUACAAAGUUAUGUACCAUCUCUUAGGUUUCUUUAUAUCACUUUCAGUGAAGCUUGCGGAGUGUGUUGUAAACUUGUUAGAGAACAUUAUUACUUGUCAGCAGAAAGAAAAACGAAAAUCUUGACGUAUGUUAUGUAACACUAGUUACUCCAUGUAAC